CUAUCGCAAAAAAUACCUUUUGUUUUCUCUUCUUGGCUAGUUUAUAGCAGAACUCUACUUUAGAUAUCUACUAAGAAUAUAUUCCUUGCAAGAAAAGGGGAUUUUUAUAGUUAUUUAGUGCGCUAACUUACCUUUUGUCACCAAAAAAACAAGCCGAACCCGCCAUCUUUUUUUAAAUUCUCGCAUAUAGCUAAAAUUCUGUAAAAUGCCAGCCACAAUGGCCGAUUUGAUCACGUGACCUCUUAGUGCAAGUCGUCUAUUCCAGGUCUUCUUCGUUCGGUGAAGUUUGUUUCAUCAAACUAUUAGUAUUAUGGCCAGUGAAAACAAGGAAGAAGCUGAAACGAUCUUCGAAAAGCUAAAGAAACUUUUCGGCGAAACAAUCGCAAAAGCAUUCGAGGGCUAAGACGAGAAAGAUGACCAAAACCACAAACAGACAUGUUCCCAACUCACCUAGUUUGAGCAGUCAAGGAAACAGUAUUUCACCAUCCUCUAGCCUUGAAGCUUCUCCAGCCUUGGCCGGCAAGAAGGCACAAAACAUGCACCAUACCCCUGAACUGCAGUCCAUGGACAGGGAUUGUACUCAGGACGAUGAUGAUGAAACACAAGAUACAGAGUCAGAUACCAGUACAACAGAUACAAUGAGGUUAUUCGACAGCAGUGAGCUCCCAGCUGAUGAUUCUGAGAACGAGAACUCAACUAGUGUACUGCCUGAAGAAAUGGUUCCUUCUCUAAAGAUAACAAGACAUUCAGCAUUAUCAAUCAUAAAGUCUGUCACAGGACAUUUAAUCAGUAGAGAUGACAUAUGUAAAUUACUUAAAAGCAAAUUUCAGAUUUCAGCUAAAACUUUAACACCACUUACUGCCAGUGAAUUAAAUGAGAUUUUAGCAAGAAAACUCAUUAGUAACAAGUAUAUAGUUUUUAAACUGCAGAAAUCCGAUAUUACUGUUGUUAAAGAAAUUGAAAUCUAGUCCAGUUGUUCUAGCAUGUAAAUAUAAUAUUGCAAAAAGUUGAAAUUUUAUAAAGUAAUAUUCUGUUUAGCAAUUUUAGAAGAGUAAUAAUGAUAUACCAUUAGACUAUUGCACCAGCUUGUGUUAA